CUUUCAAAACAAACGUUGCCACGAGGAUCGCCGACCGAACGUUUUCCGCGCCCGAGUCUCGCCUUUUCGCCCGUUUUUCAUCAGGAACCAAGCCUUCUCCCGGAAAAGAGGGUGUCAGCAGAGGACUUGAGGACUGGAGGAGUCACUCAAAGGGGGAACACGAGCGUAAAUAAGGAGCGGGUCUUCGUUAAAUAGGCGUUAGUAAGAUGCUGCUGCCUAAUCUCCCCCCCCCAGAGGAAGGCAUCAGGCAUAGGCAGCCCAGCACGAGGGCUUUCGUGGGCCAGAGGGAGCUGGGGUCGGGGGUUCUCUACAUUGCCGAGAGCCGAGUCUCAUGGGCGAAAGAAGGAGAGGACAAUGGUUUGUCUCUCGAAUAUCCACAUAUUGCCAUCCAUGCGAUCAGCCGAGACUUGUCGAACUUCUGCCACCCAUGCCUUUAUCUCAUGAUCGAUGUCCAGUUGGAAGAGCCAGAGAGUGCCAUGAAUGGAGGCGGGAACUCGGACUCAGAGGAAGAAGUGGACGAAGACGCGGCCAUGACAGAGGUGCGGUUCGUUCCAUCCGAUCCCUCGUCACUCGAUCACAUGUACAAGGCCCUCAAUGAAUGUCAGGUCCUACAUCCAGACCCAGAGGAUCAGCCGUCCGAUGAUGAAAUAGGGGAAGAGGAAGAGGAAGAAGGAGAAUAUGAGAUCAGUGAGAAUGGCGACGACGUUCAUGGCGUUUAUGAGGAUGCCAUGGAAGGAGACCUCGGAGAUGGGCCAUUUGUAGGAGGCAUGGCAGAAGGGCGAACGGCUCGGAACGGCAUUGACGACGAUGACGCCAUGGAAACGGGACAGUUUGAUGAUGCUGAUUAAGAUUUCCUUUUUUUUUUCUUUUUUUAAAUACUUUUUGUUCUGUUUUCGAUGAAAAUGUUGUAAAAGUAAGGACCACACCCAUAAAUGAAGACAAAUAUUUCCUUCGUUUUGAGUUUUGUAAAGCUGGUAUGUGAUAACUUAAAAUCUGUAUUUUUAUGAUUUUAUUUGUUUAAGUGUACACAGUUAGUAGUAAUUAGUUACCAAUUACCAGUAAUAUUCAUUAUUAGGGAAAACAAGUACACACUAAGUGAAUACUGCAUAUUUUUAUAUGAUAAUGGAAAUUUAUGUUACAAAUAUCCAGUGAUAUUUGGUAAAGUGUAAGUUGAGUUGACAUUACACGGCUGUCUUUUGCACUGUAGGAAAUGAAUCAAAAAGACCA